GUUGGUUUGCACAUCGACUCCGGUUUUCCAUGUGUGUUCAGAUGGCAAGCUUGAUGUCCCGAGCCUUGCGUAGUUCCCAGUCUGCGCUCGCUGGCCAAGCACGGACCAUGGCAAGAAAGGCCUCGACCUUAAGCCCUCAAAUGGUGGACGUGGGAUCGAAACCCACCACCAGGCGAACCGCCCGGUCAGGCUGCACAGUCAUAGUUGGCCGGGAGGUAGCUGCAGCUUUGGCAACCAAAAGUGUGGCCAAGGGCGAUGUCUUUACUGUUAGUGAAGUUGCGGGGAUCAUGGCAGCAAAGCGUACUCCAGAGCUCCUCCCCUUGUGCCAUCCACUACCCCUCACCCGCGCUACAGUUCAGUGCACACUUGACAGAGAGAAUGCCUUGGUGCAUGUCACAGCGGAUGUGUCCUGCGAUGGCCAAACCGGUGUUGAAAUGGAAAGCUUGGCAGCAGCAUCAACUGCUGCUCUUUGUAUUUAUGACAUGUGCAAGCCCAUUAGCAAAGGCAUUGUGAUAACAAAUCUUCGGCUACUGAGCAAGUCUGGCGGGAAGAGUGGCGACUAUGUUUCACCUGAUCCAUGAGUGGAAGAGAAUCUUAUCGCUUUGAAA